ACUGCUUCACAAUAAAAAAAUCAAACUAUUUAUAUUUUCGAUUAGAUUUAGUAGUUCGAAUUAGUUUCCAUUAUGAUUAUUGUUUUGAUUGAAAGCUUCUGAAUUAAUAUACUGCUACUUGUGUGCACGUUCGACAAAUGACCCGAGAUGAACCCUAUAAGCGCCCCUGGAAGUUCGGUUGAGAGUUACUUCAACCGACGAAGGUCAACUCAGACACCCAGUUCUCAUUCUCAACCGAGCGGCUCCGAUUCUUUCUGGUGGCAGCGAAGCCGACUGAAGAAGAAGGCCGAACGACACAACAGCCGACACUAUUCGAUAGCCGAGUCCAAAUUGGAGUCUCCCACAGCGGCUGAGCAAAACCAUAGCAAAGGAAGAAGGCAAUCACUCUCAGCCACUCGCGAACCAGUCCAAAAUAGAGUGGGGGGACCUAUUUCGACUAGACCAAAGUUGUCAAGCAGCCCUGAAAUCCCCAUCACUGAAAAACAUCACACGCAAGACCACUUAGCCGAAAAACGUCACAUUCGAAACCACUUCAACCCCGUUGGAAUAACGGAAAACGUCGACCAGAAAAAUGAACGUAAAUUAAGCAAUUCUGCAGUUUUAGUGGUUUUAGAAAAGGAUUCGGCCGGCUAUGAAAAGCAUCGGGUUAGAAAAUCUAGUACAGAUUGUGUGAGAAAUUCGAUGUUACGUGGUGGUAAUAAUAGCCAAAGUCCACAGCAAGAAAGCCAUAAAUCAGGGGUCGAGAAUGAACUGCAGAGCAAAGUUAGUAGCCCCAGCGAUCAUAAACAUCACAGAGUUAGUGAAACGGAUGAAAGCGAUAGGAGGUUGUUUCAAAACGAACGGCUUGCUUCCAAACAUUCGGAUUACAAGAGCUUCGCUGGUAAUUCCAGCGGUGCGCGGAGCAAGAGAAGUCCAACCGGACAUAGUUCCAAACUGGGGGUUAAAAAUGGAAGUCAGAGUCCGGAAAAGUAUAAAGGAAGAACAGAGCUGGAAAGAGAUAAGCUCUUAACUGGUCAUAACCAACACUUUCAAACACAUUGCUGUGCAGGACAUUUCUGUUAUUUUCACGACCAGUUCUGUCUCCAAACUGUGCGGCAAAUUUUGGCUAUAAAUGCCAGCAAAAAUAACGAGCGGAUUUGUUAUAACUACCCUGGUUCAACCAGGAACAGUUCUAACCAAGAGGCUGAACGCGUCCCUCCUACACCUACGCGAUCUGAAGGCGCCUUCAGCUAUCCGACAGUCAGUGCCGGCAUCGACCAAUCAGAUUGCAGCAAGUUUUCUUCACACGGAUCCAAGAAUGAUUCGAGGAAUGAAUUUAAGGGAAACUGCGCGGGCUGUUCGAACACGGCUUACGUCACAAACAGGAAUCCAGAGAAACAUGCAGGAGUUGAGGGGAAGGUUCAUGGGGGAAUGGGGCUGAAGAAACAAGGAGCUAGGUUGGUAAGUGGGGAAUUGGCUAAUGGAACAAAUUGUCCCAAUUCUGUCCCUGUGAAGAUUGAAAGUGCAGAAUUGGAGCAUACGCAGCGAUCUGAGUUUAACUGUGAACAAAUCAAGCAGUUACAUGAAAACAAAGAUCGGCAGGAUUUCACAGAAUUGACACAUGAAACAGUAAAGACACGUGCAUGGCAAACCUGUUCACAAUUUUGUCAUUUUUGCCGCGGGAAAGAAAGUAGUUCUAGCUUGCUGACGUCAGCAGACUUAAGCGAUUCCCCAUUGGAUCCGAAUUUAGUCCGGGUAGAUCAAAACUUUUGCUUUGAGGGGUGCAAACUACAGUUCAGUGGAUUACCGGGCCGCCGCAAAUACCCGCAGAAAGCGGAGGCCACAGCUAGCUUCAGCCACAACUGUCCAAAUUCAACCCAACAUUUUCUACAGCCGAAACUCAACGAGAGUGAAAUUAAACAUGAAGUUGCAGGUGCUAUUAAUUACAGACCAGCAAAUAAUCUGUUGACCCGGAAUUUACAGAGUUUUGUUAGCGAUUUGCCCAAGGAAGAUCGUGGAAACUAUGACGUAAAUCAUGUACCUUCCCAAUCAAAAACAAAUCUCAAACGUAGUUCAAAUGACAGCCAAGAGUCAAAACAUUCAUCAAGUUUGCCAGUUUUGAGUUAUCCGCAAAUCUGCAACAAUAGUUCGUUGUUUUCUAAUGAUGCUAGCCGGAAACACGAAAACAGCAGAAGCGAUUCGCUUAUUACUUCAACAAAACCCGACUUCCGAGACUUGACUUUCGAAGAUUGCAACAAUAAAACUGCAAAAACGACUCCGUUAUUUCACAUAAGCGAUCGACACAAUUCUUCUUAUGCUGAGCCGAAAUUUUGUCAAAAACAGGAAAACAUAGCGAGAGUUUCGAAAAUAUUUCCUGCGUCGUUUCACUCGAACUCCCCCAGCCCCUUUGGGCACUCGGGCGCCGCCUCCGCCUCCGAGGACCACAACCACAACCACCACGUGGCCAACAUAGCUCCAUACAGCGACCAUUACUGCGCGUGCCGACGAGACACCCCCCACUUCUCGGAUUUGUUCAGCCCCUCACGAUCCGAUCACACACGACACUUCUUCGGCGAGAAACGACACUACCCUCGUCGUCACGACUCGGAUCAUCGUCUAUCAGCCCCGUUAGUGAUAAGAGAGCCUUCUCUUGAUGACAACUCACCCGAAAACUUAAUGUCUGCUGCUGAGUCUAAGCCGAGAACAAAGCCUGCACCUGAAAAAUUAAACUUAUCAAACUCCUCUAGAACUAGCUCAUCUUCACCUAACCCCAAUUUCCUCAACAAAGACUCGUUAAAACUGCCAAAAAUAAACUCUGGACCUUGUUCGUUGGUUUCCAGGGACUCACUUGACCGUGCAGUAAUAAAUAUCAGCGGGUUAAAGUUCGAGACAAGGCUUAAAACAUUAGAAAGGUUUCCGAACUCUCUCCUGGGUGACCCGACAAAACGACUGAAGUACUUCGAUCACUGCCGAAAUGAAUUUUUCUUCGACCGAAACCGCGCUGCCUUCGAAGCAGUGAUAUACUACUACCAAAGCAACGGCAGACUGCGCAAACCUGCAAACCUUCCCGUUGAAAUAUUUAUCGAGGAGUUGAAAUUCUACGAAAUUGAACGAAAAGUCAUCCAAAAGUUUAUCGAAGAUGAAGGUUACGUCAAAGAGCCGGAACGCCCUUUGCCAAAGCAUCCAACUCUUCGACUUAUGUGGCUGCUCUUUGAGUUUCCAGAGAGCUCCAGGGCGGCUAGAAUAGUAGCAAUUUUAUCAGUGACUAUUAUUCUUCUAUCAAUCGUUACGUUUUGUACCGAAACACUACCUCAGUUCCAGAGAUUCGAGAAGGACACUUCUCUUGAAAACCCUUUUUUUGUGAUUGAGACGCUCUGUGUGAUUUGGUUCUCACUAGAGCUCUCUUGCCGCGCAGUUUCAAGUCCCAGUAAAUUUCACUUCGCCAAAAACUUGAUGAACGCUUUCGAUCUUCUCGCAAUUUUGCCUUAUUUUAUACAAAUAGGGACAGUUGUUUUUCAACAAGAAGACAAUGCUGAUUCCGGAGAAUCGAAGGCAAUGUCUUUGGCUAUUCUCCGAGUGAUCAGACUAGUUCGGGUGUUUCGGAUUUUCAAAUUAUCCAGGCACUCUAAAGGUCUGCAGAUUUUAGGCAAGACCCUCAAAGCCAGUCUUAGAGAACUGGGAUUGCUUAUUUUCUUUUUGGGCAUUGGCGUAAUUUUGUUUUCGAGUGCUGUAUUUUUCGCCGAGGACAACGGAGAUCCUGACAACUUGAACACUGAUUUCAAAUCAAUUCCGGACGCUUUCUGGUGGGCUGUCGUUACCAUGACUACUGUAGGCUACGGUGAUAUCUUACCCAGAUCGUUUCCGGGCAAGAUUGUGGGUUCGCUCUGUGCCAUUGCAGGAGUCUUAACUAUUGCACUUCCUGUGCCAGUGAUAGUAUCGAACUUCAACUACUUCUAUCAUCGAGAACACGAUGCUGAAGAUGCCGAGAAGUUCAAACUGUUCGAGGAGUCCACGCCUCCGGAUACUCCGUACUUCGACAAACGCGCCAACAAGGAGAUGUCCAAACGGGAUCUGGACCCCGCCGAUCAAGACCCCGAGAAGUGCGGGCAAGAGGUCGACUUGGGUGCUAGCGGCAGUGGGAACCAUUUGGAUUCAGGUGUCCGAGACGCCUUCAAUUAUCAGGAGGAGUCACGGGACGCCAACGAUCUCGCAAUGGUUGCUGUCGAUAAAGACCAGGAGUCUCCUCCCCACCACAACGACGUCAGAAUUGACAUAGAAAUUGGCGAUGAUGACAGUGAUGUGGUGGAAUUGGCACAGUUAGACUCAUCAAUUUCGCCCCAGUCUUCCAAACUGCCCUUGAAAGAAAGGAAAAAGCGAAAUUUAGACAGUGCUGGGUCAACAAAACAAGACGAAUCUCUAGUUUGAUUAAUCGCUUAUCAGUACUAAGCCCAAGAAACUUUUGCAUAUUUCUAAUUGCCUUAAUAUUCUGCUUUCUGCUAACAUCCUUGGACUUGAAUUGGGACCGUUUAGUCUAUAUUUUGUGUUACAGUUGCAAUCGAACUCUAUUUUCUGAAUCGUAGUUUUCAAACUUAAUUUCAUUUACCAACGAAAAAUUC